AUGGCUUCCGCUACUGAGCUUCGGCCUACUCAGCCGCCCUCAUUUUCAACACAUCAGCACGCAACACCAUCUUUGCCUUUGGUACCAUCGACCAAGUACCACGAUGAGGUAGAAAUGGACCUAGCUAUCCAUCUCGCCACGCUCUGCCGCAAAAGCCUUGUCGAGCUCGACUCGCAUCUUCCUGGCUUCAAGCCUUCUCAUCCUUUCACUGCAGAUGAGAUCGUUUCUCUGCCGCUUGAUAAGCAUCGGAUCGAUGAUACCCUUCAUGAACUCCCUCGACGCAAAUCUGCUCGACACAACCUGGCCGUCGCUAUUUCCUCCUUUUUGUACCCUGUGCAUCAGGGUUCGCUGACAGCCAUCAUACGCUACGAGGAAGACCGUGUGCGCCUCCGUGCUUGGGCCGCCUUGCAGCGCAGGUAUGACAUGCUAAAGGCCACUAUUCGCAACGGUCAUACCACCCGUGGCCUGUCCAGUGGUGCCGCCCCUGGUGUCCAGGCGCCUGUUUGGGCCUCCCGUAUCACAUCACAGGGAGUUUGGGACCCUGCCAAGUAUCCCAUUUCUCUUGAAGGUGUGCCAGCAAUCCCCAUGCCUGUUGAGAUCGCCCACGAGGCCGAUCUUGCGCCAUUCCUGAACCACCUUGGGGGUGGGGGCACUUCCAAGCUGAAUGGUGAUGAGAAAGGCUUCGAGUUGGAUGAUGGGCGAGGUGAGCCUUACUAUGGUGUGAAAGGCGCCGAGUUCCGCAAAGGUGUUGUCUAUGAGGAUGGGCGCAUGGAUCUAUGCAAAAUGGUCGUUGGACCUGAUCAUAUUGGUAAACUGAUGGACUCACUUCGACCUAAUAAGUUUGUACGCCACUUCCUCCUGGGCAAUAACAUCGUCGGCCCUGCAGGUGCUCAUGAGAUCGCCAAUUUCAUCCACGACCUCCCUGGACGAAUUGAUACUUGGUAUCUCGCUGGAAACUGCAUCGACGGACCCAGCUUCAAUAUUCUCGUCGACGCCAUGGUCAAGUCCGACGCCAUCACCAACAUUUGGUUGAAACGAAACCCACUUGGACUCCAUGCAUCUGAGGAUGUUUAUCGACUCAUAACUGGAGUUCGGAAUCUGCGAACUCUUGAUCUCGACCAAACUCAGCUCGGUGACCGUGGAGUUUCGGACCUGUUCAACCGCUUGGCAGGUCACAGGAUGCCCGAGGGUGCGAAACUACCCCUGAAACAUAUCUAUCUCAACGGCAAUGGCAUCUCAAAUGAGGGUGCACAGGCCCUUGGUAGGUUCCUCGCAUCUCCGCACUGCGGCUUGACGUCCAUCUACAUGUCAUCAAACCCAUUAGGAGAUUCUGGUGCAAAUGCCCUUGCUCAAGCACUACCCAAGGCACCGUAUCUGACUCGAUUGCUCUUACAGUCGAUCGGAGUCAGCACCAAAGGUGCCGUUGCACUGUGCAAGGCUGCUACUGGCCAUCCCGUUCUCGAAGUGUUAGAUCUUGGACAGGCUUAUGCCACUCAUGAUCUUGGGCAGGCCUACAACUACAUCGAGGAUGGUGCCGUAACUGCCAUUCAGGACCUUGUCUCGGCCAAGAGCCGUCUGUCCUAUCUCAACUUUGGACAUAUGGCAGUGGCACCUCCGGCAAUCAAUCUCAUUUCAGAGGCAGUGCUCAAGAGCCCGUCGCUCGUGUUCUUCGCGGCCUACCCAAUUCUGCCAGAUCCAGACCUCAGGGCCGCAACCUUCAGGCCAGCAGUUGACACGACUUUCGCCAACCCAGCUGAGCCGACCAGGCCGCAGAUUCUAAUGAGCAAGGCAGUCCAAGAGCAUCUUUCUGCCAAUGUCAAGGCUCGGUAUGGUGAGGAAACCUCGUACAGUCAGUUCAUGGAGGAGGAUAAACGCUGGCUCGUGAGCGAUAAGACCGAUGUGCGCAAAAUCGACAGCGUGUACCGUAAUCGCGAUGCUGGUCUCGCCCGUCGCCGGCUCCUGACUCUAGUCAAAAAUUGGGAGGAGGGUGAUGAGACCCUUGACCGUGUCAUGACAGCUCAUGCCCCAACCUGCUCUUUGCGUCGACACUGA